UCGACAGUCAAGACAUGGUCGCACAAACAAACCCACCACGUGUGGCAAACCAACUGGGAAACCGAGACGCGAGGGAGAACAUCGUUCCGUCUCACGCCGAAGCCGACAAAGAAGGUCCUCGGCCUCCACGAAGGCCUCAGUAAACGCCAGAGCGCACUCCUGGUCCAGAUGCGCACGGAAAAGAUCGGGCUCCAGGACUUCCUCUUCAACCGAAGAGUACCGGGCAUCACCAACGCCAACUGCCCAUGCCGGGAGGGACGACAAACGGUGUCGCACAUCCUGCUGCGAUGCCGCAGGUUUCGACAACUCCGGCGCCAGGCAUUCGGAACCCUCCCAGGACGACACAAUCUCCGGGUCAUACUGAACAAGCGCAAAGCAGCCGCCAGGGCAAUCCGAUUCAUAGAACAGACCGAGAUCCUUGGGCAACACGGGAUCGAGUCGCACACCAGACUAAGCUGA